AUGCCAAGACAGCAUUUAAAGAUUCUUGGCAAUCCAUUUUUGGUCAAUAUUUAUCUUCUACAUUUUCUCAUAUUGCCACGUCCUCUUUCUCUUCUUGCCCCUUGGCUAUCGCCCCAUGCAGCUGACUCCUUUGCCGCCACUGCACUAUUCUAUCUUGGCUUCAACAUGGCCGGGAAGAUGAGCUCCAUCUCAACCCAUGACGUUUACACGCUCGUCGUCCUGCUGCUGGCGAAACUGUGA